AUGUCGACCACUACCGUCUCCAAGACUGUCACUCGUGUCAACGACCCCACCCUCACCUCCCUCUCCGAACGCAUCGCCGCCACCCAAACUCUUCUCGACCUCCACGAGCAGAUCCGCGCCAACCACAAGAUUGCCUUCAACAAGCAGGCCAAGACCAUCAACAACGGUCUCGACAAGGGUCGCUCGGCCAUCCAGAACAUCAUGGCCCAGAUGGAUCAGUCGCUCGAGGUCCAGAAGCUGAUUGUUGACGAGACUGAACAGAUCGCCAAGUACGGCAGAGAGUUGGUCGAGCUGUUGGAGGAACGUCAGGAGCUCUUUCGCGCCAUGAUGGGCGAGGAUGGUGAGAUUGCUUUCUAG